GCAAUCGCCAUGAACACCUUCCGACCGCCUCCGCCUCUGGUGAUGCCGGGCUACAACCACCUCCUUGGCACAGAAGACAUCGUAGGAUUCAGAUACAGAAUUGGAUUCUCCAUCGGAGUGCUCCUUCUGAUCAUCACCACAAUCACCCUCAUCUCCUACUUCUGCAAACGUAGCCAGCUCUCUUCUUCAACAUCACCAGAUUGGGCACGUGUGCACCACCACUUCAUCAUCGACGGUCUGGACGAUGAGACUAUUCAGAGCAACCCAAAGAUCCUCUACUCAGAAAUAAAAGGAAAUUCAACGUCGUCGUGUUGUCCAAUAUGCUUGGGAGACUACAAGGGGAAUGAUCUGCUGCGUCAGCUCCCAGAUUGCAACCACUUCUUUCACCUCAAAUGUGUCGACAUGUGGCUUAGAAUCAAUCCUGCGUGUCCUGUCUGCAGGACUACGCCGCUUCCUACUCCUCACCCCACUCCCCUCGCCGAGGUUGUCCACUCAGCCUCCUCCGUGGCCACCACCAGGAUGUCCUAAUUAUUAUAAUUCGAAGUCAAGCCCUAACCUUCGGGAUAUUCUUGUUUACUUCCUAUACAAGUCUUCUUU